UCGUUCGACCUUUUACCUUCAAUUCUUCCUUCGUUAUUUGUCUAUUUUCCGGGUUGCCGUAGUACACGCAACGCACUCCCUCUACAACUACAUCCAACCCGGCCCUUUUUUAAUAUAAUCCUGCCCACCACCCGCCUGGCGCUGGGGUUUUUCUAGUCGUUUCGCGACUUUCUUCUCCUUUACCGGCGUCCCGACAUUGUUCUUUGUCCUUCCGAACGACGACAAACAAUACUAAUAAGAUAAUGUCGCCUAUUGUGUAAGACGCCAGUAAAGUAAUAUAAUAAUCGGUCCAAGCCGACGUCAGCCGCGCUCGCCACAAUACUCUCAGCCGGAACUUUGCGCAAUUUCCAGUUCCUCAGUUAUGGCUCCUGAACGUAUCACAGUCCCACCGAGAAGUCCGUCGCCUGCUCGGUGGGCUACUACCACUUUGAAAGUUGGUGGCAUGACAUGCGGUGCUUGCACUUCAGCCGUUGAAGCGGGCUUCAAAGGCGUCGAUGGCGUUGGUAGUGUGUCGGUUAGUUUAGUAAUGGAGCGCGCGGUGGUAAUGCACGACCCUCAACGAGUACCCGCCGAGCAAAUACAAGAGAUAAUCGAAGAUCGCGGAUUCGAUGCGGAAGUUCUGGCAACCGAUUUACCGACUCCAUUACAAACUCCGAGACUCGGAUCCUCGGACGAUAGCAGCGAAUCGGCAUCUACCGUCACCACGAUCGCCGUUGAAGGUAUGACUUGCGGCGCUUGUACGUCGGCUAUUGAAGGCGGUUUCGCGGAUGUCACGGGAGUUAAGCACUUCAGCAUAUCCUUGCUUUCAGAGAGAGCCGUGGUAGAACAUGAUGCCGCCCUACUUCCGACAGACAAGAUAAUAGAGAUCAUAGAAGAUCGGGGAUUUGGCGCGACGCUGGUAUCUAGUGAGGAAUCGAAAGCAGCAAAGAAGACGGGACAACCGAUUUCCGAAACAAGAAAUAUGAACAUGACGACCACAGUUGCGAUUGAAGGUAUGACGUGUGGCGCUUGUACUUCGGCUAUUGAAAGCGGGUUUGCUGGUCUAGAUGGGAUAUUACGGUUUAAUAUCAGCUUGCUAGCAGAACGGGCUGUCAUCACACACGAUCAGACGAAAAUUACACCCGAACAAAUAGCGGAGAUCAUCGAAGAUAGAGGGUUCGGCGCCGAAAUCUUAUCAACACAGUCCGACACCUUGGAACAUUCGGGAGCGUCUUCAACGGCGCAGUUUAAGAUUUACGGAAACCCAGAUGCUGCCGCCGCCAAAACGAUAGAGGACACUCUACUCGCUUUGCCCGGUGUCAGCUCUGCCAGGUUGAGCAUGUCUACGUCUAGGCUUACUGUAUCUCAUCAACCUACAGUAACGGGCCUCCGGACAAUUGUUGAAGAGAUUGAGAAGUUAGGAUUCAAUGCUUUGGUUGCCGAUAACGAUGACAACAAUGCGCAAUUGGAAUCUCUAGCCAAAACGAGAGAGAUUCAAGAAUGGAGAAGGGCAUUCCAAGUUUCAUUAUCCUUCGCCAUCCCAGUAUUCUUCAUCGGCAUGGUUUUCCCUAUGGCUAUUCCUAUCUUGGAUUUCGGUGGCUUGGAACUUCUUCCUGGUCUCUUCCUUGGCGAUAUCAUUUGCUUGGUUCUUACAAUACCCAUUCAGUUUGGCAUAGGAAAGCGUUUCUACGUCUCCGCUUAUAAGUCUAUUAAACACAAGUCUCCGACGAUGGAUGUACUUGUCGUGCUCGGAACUUCCGCUGCUUUCUUCUUCAGCGUUUUUGCUAUGGUCGUCUCCUUCCUAUUCCCGCCACACUCGCGACCAAAGACCAUCUUCGAUACAAGCACUAUGUUGAUUACCUUUAUCACACUUGGCCGCUUCUUAGAAAACCGCGCCAAGGGUCAGACUUCGAAGGCUCUUUCGCGACUUAUGUCUUUAGCCCCUUCCAUGACUACUAUAUACGCGGAUCCAAUUGCUGCAGAGAAGGCCGCCGAAGGUUGGGAUACUAUUACCGCCUCGGGAAAGCCAGAAACACCAGCCCGCGAUGGCAAUGCAGCGGAAGCCAAAGUUAUUCCCACUGAGCUCAUUUCUGUCGGCGAUAUCGUCAUUAUUCGUCCUGGAGAUAAGAUUCCGGCUGAUGGUACUAUUGUACGAGGCGAAACCUAUGUCGACGAGAGUAUGGUCACUGGUGAGGCAAUUCCAGUCCAAAAGCGAAAGGGAAGCAAUGUGAUUGGUGGUACCGUCAAUGGCCACGGUCGGGUUGAUUUCCGUGUGACCAGAGCCGGUCGGGAUACUCAACUCAGUCAAAUCGUAAAACUCGUGCAGGACGCACAAACCACCAGAGCCCCUAUCCAGCGGUUGGCUGAUACACUUGCUGGUUACUUCGUACCCACCAUCCUCGUUCUCGGCUUCCUAACUUUCGUCACCUGGAUGGUCCUCAGCCAUGCUCUUACUAACCCGCCACAAAUCUUCUUACAAGCUGAAAGUGGUGGUAAGCUGAUGGUGUGUGUCAAACUUUGUAUCGCCGUGAUUGUAUUUGCCUGCCCAUGUGCGCUUGGUCUAGCUACCCCCACCGCGGUGAUGGUUGGUACGGGAAUUGGUGCUGAGAAUGGUAUUCUAGUCAAGGGUGGCGCAGCUCUAGAGACUACAACGAAAAUCACUCAAGUUGUUCUAGACAAGACGGGUACACUUACAUAUGGUAAAAUGAGUGUCGCUAGCAUUAAGACGCCAUCUGUCUGGCAAGACAACGAAUGGCGGAGACGACUUUGGUGGACAAUUGUAGGACUGGCUGAGAUGGGUAGUGAACACCCAGUUGGCAAGGCCAUCCUGACAGCAGCACGUAACGAUCUCGGUUUAGAUGCCGAGGCGGCUAUUGACGGAAGUGUUGGCGAAUUCAAUGCCGUUGUAGGCCGAGGUAUCAGUGCACGUGUUGAGCCUACUAGUAGUGCUGAACGAACUCGAUACGAGGUGCUUGUUGGCAGCGUACGCUUCUUACGGGAGAACAAAGUCGAAGUACCAGAGGACGCUGUAGAGGCUUCAGAAGAGAUCAACGCCAAAGCAAACAAGUCAAAGUCUACAUCCUCCGCCGGUACCACAAACGUCUUCAUUGCUAUCGAUGGCAAAUAUGCCGGCCACCUUUGCUUGGCAGACACUAUCAAGGAAGGGGCAGCAGCUACGAUUUCAGUGCUACAUCAAAUGGGCAUCAAGACUGCCAUUGUUACAGGCGAUCAGCUUUCUACCGCAUUAGCUGUCGCCUCAUCGGUUGGUAUUGCACAUGACAAUGUUUAUGCUGGUGUAUCUCCAGACCAGAAACAAAAUAUCAUCCGGCAAAUUCAAGAACGGGGUGAGUGCGUUGCUAUGGUAGGUGAUGGUAUCAAUGAUUCUCCCGCUUUAGCUACAGCGGAUGUCGGUAUUGCUAUGUCUAGUGGUACCGAUGUCGCUAUGGAAGCUGCCGACGUUGUUCUCAUGCGACCCAACGAUCUCAUGGAUAUUCCCGCGGCUCUUCACCUCGCUCGUACCAUCUUUACGCGCAUCAAGCUUAACCUUACUUGGGCGUGCUUAUACAACCUCGUUGGCUUACCGUUUGCUAUGGGACUAUUCCUCCCUCUUGGCUGGCAUCUUCACCCCAUGGCCGCCGGUGCGGCUAUGGCGUGCAGCAGCGUUAGCGUGGUUGUCAGUUCCCUAUUGCUCCGAUUCUGGAAACGUCCGCAGUGGAUGGAAGAGGCGCUACUCGCGGACAAGGGCGGGCUUAAGAAGCGCGGCCGCGGUUGGGGUCUAGACGGUAUCGUUACCCGCGCCCAGGAUAUCGCAAGCGCACUGGUCGGUAGAAGGACUAGGAAAGACGAGGGUUACGUCCCACUAGAUACUUUGGAUCGCCCGGAGGUGUAGGGACCUAGUCAGUCGAUGAUGCUGUUUGUGCAAUGAAAUUCUGGAUUGCAAGGCGUUUUUUUUAACCUUUUUUUUUAUUAAAAGGGAUGCAUCGCGUUAGGGAGUCGUAGAAUUCAUAUCUACUUGAUUGAUUGAUUGAUGUGUCUGUAUGGUGUCGUUACUGUUGUACAAUAGGUAGAUUAUUGUACCGUCGUCUUGUCGUAUAUUCCCCUUGUUUAUAUCAUAGGUUAAAGUAAAUAAAAUAAAUUAGUGAA